AUGUUUCAAUUGUUCACUAUCGUUCUAUUCUCUUGCCUUUCUCUUGGGGUACUUGUGAACGCCGCGCCUGUUGCUAUAGUGGGGCGCUCUGCCAGCGCCGAGUCUGUCUCUAAUACCACAAUCACGACCGAGUUCGUACGCCCGGCGCAGUACUCUCGACUUGCCUACUGCUCUAGUGCAGCAGUUGAGGCGCUCGACUGCGGCGGACCGUGCGACGACCUUGGUCCGGGAUCCGUCACGACACUCUUGACUGGGGGCGACGGGGAAGAUCUCCCACGAUUCUUCGUGGCGCAGGACGAUACAUUGCAGUCGAUUGUCGUCGCACACCAAGGGACCAACUCGUCAAGCCCGUUAUCGAUUAUCAACGAUCUCAAAGCUGACCUCCGUUCUCUGAAUACAACGCUCUUUCCACAAGUUGGCGACGAUGUACAAGCGCAUGAUGGCUUCGCAGACGUCCAGGAGCAGACUGCCGACGCUAUCUUUGCUGCAGUUCAGCAGGGACUAUCGAGUUCAGGCUAUUCCAAGGUCCUAGUGACGGGCCACAGUCUUGGUGCCGCUAUCUCAUCGUUAGAUGCGCUCAUGCUUAGCAUGCGCCUUGAUUCGAGUAUCGACAUCACCACUACAACCUUCGGGACUCCAAGAGGAGGUAACCAGGCCUUCGCCGAUCUUAUUGACAGCCGAAUCGGGUCUGCGUACUCGUACGUGACGCAUGCGAAUGAUCCUGUCCCACGCGUACCUCCCACUGCAUUCGACUACGUCCAUCCCAGCGGUGAGGUCCACAUCAUCAGCUCCAGUCAAACCGUCUCCUGUCCCGGCCAAGAGAAUGACAAUUGCUCGGAUGGCAACUCCCUUUUGGACUCCAGCGUUGACGAUCAUCUCGGGCCUUACUUUGACAACAUCUUCAUGAGCGCAUCUGCAUGCCCUGCCUGA